AUGGCAGCUCGCGCGUCGCCGUCUUCCGGUGUGACGGCAGAGUCGCUCUACCGCGACGUCGUCUGGCCCGCGCUUUGGAAGGUUCUGCAGCUCACGUCGCCGCCGUCGAAUCCCGCUAAUGUCGGUGAAAAAGCCGGCGGCGGGGCUGCCGAGCAUGUGCUCUGUGCCCGUGGCUUGCAGAGGGCUAUCACACAGGCGCUUGUCCAGCUCCUCCGUACGGCCUGCGUAGACGCCGCCACAUCCUCGACGAGCGGCGUUCCGUCGGGUGUGAUGCAGGAAGUCGUGUCGCAUCUCCUUCUUCACCCUCAUGGCACUGAGAAAACCACCGCUCCGCAAGUCGUGCCGGAGGCGCAGAUGGGGGUAUUGGACUCUGCGACAGCCUCGCCUGCCGCUGCAGAGGCUGCCGUUGAGGUGGAGCGCCUCUACCUUUUGGUGUGUGCAGCGAUACAGCUGAGUGCACAGGUGGAUGUCCCCCAGCUAGCGGCGAUCAAGAUUGUUCCAACGGCUGCGACUGGCGCCGCCAGUGCAACGACGGCAAACGCAGCGGCGGCGCCGCAGCUGCCAUGGGGCGUCGCGCAGGCCUCCAAGUCAGUGGUCGCCGGCAUCUUCGCGCUGUCGUCCUACAUCAACCCUUCGACCACAUCCCUGCCGUCGCCGAUGGCACCAUGCCUGACUCCCAGUGUGCUGGGGCCGCCCCCCUCUCCGAUGGCAACCACGACAUCACAGCAGCAGCUGCAACAACAGCUGCAGUUGAAUGUGCAGCACCUCUGGUUCACAUUUCUCUACGUGUACCUGCAGCAGCUGUCGUCCCAUACGCCAAAGGACACGACGGCGUACGCGCGUUUCUUCGCCGGCUGCGGUGACGAGUGCCGCACGCGCCUCGCCACAGCCCCGGUGCUGUCCGACGAUGACGACAGCGGCGACGAUGGAGUUGUUGCCGUGGGCGCGGUCAUGCGCCAGUCUACCGCCGCAAGCGAAACGGCCGCGCUGCAGGCGUGGUCGCACGUCUCGGUCGACUUGCUCCGUGACACAAUCGCUCGCACGCGGUUUCGCCGAGCCGCGCUUCUCUUCAAGUCGUUUGUGCCCCACAUGCUAACACAGGCCCCGACGGUGACGUUCCUGCUUGUGGACGUCCUCAGCGAGUUUGUGCGCAGCUGGGCGGCCUUCACUUCGCGCAUUCCAGCCGGGUGCAUGGCGGACGAUAUAGCGCGUCGACUAGCUCGCUACGAUACCCAUGGCAUGCUCCACGAUGACGGUCCCGCCAGGCCAUCCCAGCAGUGGCAGCAGUGCGUUGACUUACUCCGCAUCUACAGUGACCGUCUGACACGGAUUCUCGCGACGGGCACCCCGCAUGGUCACUUGGUCGCAACCACGUUGUGCGCCGUUCUCUCAGCGCUUUACGUGCUGCCGCACACUCGUGGCAGCUUCCCCUUGUCGAGCGCGGGGGAGGCGGGCGCCGUAGUCGCCGGCGCCGCAGUCGGUGCGCGUGGAAAACGUGAUGAGGAGGCAGCUGUGCUAGAAAUGGAGACCGCGCACCGGCAGCCACGCCGCAUGUCAGCGUUCAGCACCGCCGGGGCAGCCGCAGCACCGUCGGUUGUUGGCGAGUCACUCCUGAGCGAGGUCGAGUGGCGGCUGCGGCACUACGCGCCGUUAGGCCAGCUCCUCGCCUCCACACGUAUUCUUGGGCUGCAGAAGGUUCACCUCUUCGCCGUUGCCACGGGGCAGCUGCGCGUCGGUCGUAGCGUGGCGCAGCAGGUCGAGCACACGCGGAUGCUGGCGCUGGCCGCGUUAUACUGUGGCGUGGCUGGGUGGGACUUGACAGUAUUAAUGUACCACUUCGCAGAGUGCCCACUAAACCCAUUCAGCGGCCCCGAGACGCCGCCGCCAGCACUGCCGAUCUCGGCGCUGGCGAGGUACACCGCUGCGGUGCAGCAGUACGUCGAGCACACCCGCGCAGAGCUUAUUAUGGACAUGCCCUUUACAGAGCUGAGCGUGCACAAUGGCCACGUUGACGGGCACGGCGGCAGGAGUAGUGGUUCGCGUUUUCGCGGCAUGCGUAGCGGCGGGGGCGGCUACGGCCAGCCACUGAAGCAGGGAUCACUGCCGCAUUCAUCGGCAUCAUCGAUUCCCUCGCGCGGCGAGCUACACACACGUCGAUUUCUGCGCAUUGUGCACCCCGACCCGCUGCUACUCAACUGGCGCCUUCACCUCACCGCAACGGAGUCGCUGGUGGCCACCGCAGCGGUGCCGAACGGCGCCUCCGCAGCUGCCUUUGGCGGAGGAAGCAGCAGCAUUACCGCUGCUGCGUCCAGCACCAACGCGGCUGCCGGGAAUGCGAGCUCUGGUAGCGCUGUCCCAGACCUACUUCUGUCGCCGUGCUGCUUGAUGCGCGAUAUCCUUGUAUCAGGGCAGUACGCCCUGGCGGCAGAUGGUAUGCGCUACUUCGCCAAGCCGCCAACACCUCCCGUGGCCAGCGCAGGGGACGUCAGCACUGGCGCGCCGAGUGUGAACGUGCUCUUGCUCCCGCGCCGCGCGUACCCGCAGCACAUCAGUGUUGCUUACUACGUGUCCAUCCUGCUGCGUCGGUGGCUACAGCGGUGGGAAGUCGCCGAACAGCAGCAGCAGGCGGGUCAAGCCGAAGCUGCGGCGGUGAUGCAGCUGCGGGAUGAGUGCUUCCACGUCCUCUCCUCUUUUGUGCCGGUCUUGUCGGUGUUGCAGAGCUACAUGGCAAACCAGUCGCUGCUCGUGCGUCUCUUGACACGACUAUCAUGGAUGUGUCGAAGCGCAGGUGUCGCUGCCGCCGCAACAGCAGCAGCAACACCAGCGUCGGAGGCCACCACCACCUCUUCGAACAGCGGCGUUGCACCACCGGCUCCGAACGCAGUCUUUGCCCUCGCAGAGCGGCUGCUUCUAGCCUUCGUCAUGCCAUGCAUUCGCGUGUUGCCGCCUGCACCGAUGGUUUACGACGUGAUGGAGGAUGUGCUUCGACUCUUUGCCCGCUGCAGUAUCCCCGACGCACAGACGCAUGGGGUGGUACCGUACGGCGAGAACGCUGCCAUGCCGUUGCACAUGUUCGACUGGCUCCAGGAACUACUGCCGUCGGUGAAGUUCGUGGCCGUGUACCGGACGAAGCAGCAGCUGCUGCAGCUCGAAGGGAGGCAAGGGUGGCCUCCGUCGCCGCUGGUGCACCCGCACGAUGCGCUGCUGCGCAAGGAACGGGAAGCGCUACUGUCGCACUCGCUAAAGCGUCUGAACGCUGAGAACCUCGAUGAGUACCGCGCGCUGCUGCGCCCCAUCUUGUAUGCCGAGCCGCUUCUCGUCGCGCAUCGCCUGUUCACCCAAGCUGUCGGCUACAACAACAGCUUCCUCGAUAUCCACACCCGUCUCCUGCGCGGGUUACCCGGGGCGGUGCUGAUGCUCGUCGUGCAGCAAGGCCUCGUGCUGAUGGUUCGCUACGCGGCGGAAGAGAAGAUCACAGGCGCCAACGGGGAGAGCCGCGUGGCGAUCCUGGCGACCUUUGUUGCAACGCUGUGGCGCGACAACCUCGACGCGGUGGAUGGCGUGCUGUUGGUGCGGCGCGUCGAGCUCGCCCUGCGCAGCAACAGUGGCGACGACAUACUUCUCGGCACAGAGCUGUGCAAAGCCCUCCUCGCCGUGAUGGCGCAUCGCGCGCUGGAGCACGAGGAGAAGUACAACCCCGCGCAGCUGCAGGCGCUGGCCUACACGCCUUCCACUACCUCCUUCUUCGGCCGAGGCUCCAUGACGUCUUUCCGAGUUCGCUACUGGAAGGACACAGCCAGCAGUGCGCAGCUGCUGCUGUCGCCGGAGGACGUGUUUGUCGGGGCCUGGCAGGCGCUGCUGGCUGCCCUGCAGCAACCGUGUCUGGUGCCCAUUCAGGGCGACGAAGAGAGCGAGGACACGGAGGAGGAGCACGCGAGGCAGUCUGUCACUGCUGCCCGUUCGGAGGUCCGUCUCCACCUCGGGCAACAGAUACUCCUGCACCUGUGCCGCCUUCAAAGCUGCAUCUACGAGCUGCAGCGCGACCUCGACGGCGGCGCAGAGGUAAUCCUCCUGUCCUCGGCGGGACGGUACAACAUGAUCAAUGACAUGCUGGUAGCGAUCGAGGAGCUGUCGCCUCCGCCGGCUGAGGGCCCGGUGCUAGAGUACUUGUGCGCCUGCGUACGGCAAGUUGCCCUCCCUCACGUAGCGUCGCUUGUCGAAACGCAGCAACGCCGCAAGUUCGAGUGGGCGUCGGCUUCUCCCAGCAACGGCGGCGCUGUGCCGUCAGACGCGGUGUACAGUGUACCGGCUCCCACCUCCUCGAGGGUGGCCGUUGCGGCUGCAGAUACACCUGGGCUGCCUCCGGUUGCACAGCUCCUGCAGUACUUCACCGCCGCGCACUUCGAGUACAAGCCAGAUCCCUACGACACCGCCCGGUACGAGUGGCAGCAAUGCAUGGAACAGGCCCGAAGCCUGACGAAUCAGUGCUUGAGGGGCAACAGGUCUGGCGGAGCCGUGAGUGUACGUCGCGCCGCGUCCAUCGUGACGUGGUUAGACGGCGAGGCGAAGCGCAUAGAUACGGAGGAGUCUAUGCACAAGCAGCUCUACAGCUCCUCCGCCGCUGCCCGCGCGGGGCUUCUGGAACUGAUUCGGCGCGAGCUCGCUCCUCCCACGGCGCCGCUCAUGUCUGAAGCGGAUGACCGUCUCGUGGAGCUGGCUGCGUCGUACCUCCUGCCCCGCGCCGUGUUGAACCUCCGUGAGGCGGCGACGGUUGCCGCCUUCUUCACGUGGCUCUUCCGGGAAGCAAGUCCAACAGCCGAGUCUGCGGCGAUGGCGGGGCGCGGUGAGGCGGAGCAGACACCGUGGUCGCUGCACUGUCGCGCCGUCGACCUUGCCUUGGCGUUUGUGACGGCGGCCUUUACCUACUUUGUGGGCUUUACGGAUGGCGAGUGCAAGCGCCUCGGGUGCAUACUGCAGAGCCUCCUGCAGAUACCCGCUCUCAGUGCACAUGAACAGCAGCUGGACGCAGCGCAGCGCAUGUGGCCAUCCCUGCUGAAGUGUAUUCAAGCGCUGUCCACUCGCACGAAGCCUGGUAGUGGUGCGCCUGCUGCUGCCGGGGAAGGGGCCCGAGUGCUCAGCGGCGAGGACGUCGCAGCAGCAGCGGCAGCAGCCGACACAAGCCCCACAUGCGAGGCUGGGGCUGCAGCGCGCGGGGGCAGACCUGCUGUGAGCUGCGGCGGCAUCCGCACUGUGAGCGCCGCCGUCUUUGAAGGUUUCCUUCACUCUGCGCACGCUAGCCUCAUCAACGGCAAUGGCGCCAGCAGCAGCGAGUGCGCCGGUCCCGCGUCCCUGCUGAGCUUGGCAAUGGCGCGGGGAAUCGUGGCGUCGCCGGCGCAAUCGAAUGAGUUGCAGUCAGCAGCCUCCACUGCUGCCGAUGCUGCGGCCGGCGCCAUCCCUGCCGCCCCGUUGCAGUUAGAGGCGUAUCUCAGCAGGGCAAUGAUCCAGCUGCUCACUCACGAGCAGGACGUGCCCGCCUACGCUCACCGCAACCUCUUUCUCGUCCUUGAGCAUCUUGACAAGAGCACCUUCCCUGCGACCUUGUGCGCCGUGGACUUGCUCACCCGCGCCGUGGAGCCGCACGCGUCGAAGACGAAGUCGUACUACGCCUUGGCCUCGGCAGUGCUGAAGUUGCUGCGUUUAAAUCGCCGCCACCGCCGCGAGCUUCAGCAUGCCAUCGCGGCACUUCGCCACGGAGACGAAGGCGUUGCCCCCGCUGCUUUGCAGGCGGCGCGGGGUGAAGACGGUAGUGCGCUGCCGCAGGUGCGUGCAGCGGCCACGGCCUGUCACGGGCAGUGGCGUCUCGACGAGCACUACAUGAGGCAGCUGCUGCAGAACGAGGCGGCGGUAUUGCUCGAAGAUGCACAGGUACGUCAUCGAGUCGAAGAUGACAGUAGCGAGGACGAAGAAUACGAGGAAGGCACCGACGACAGCGAGGCGGAGAAGGACGUCGCCGACGGCACAAGUUGUUCCAGCGGCAAUGGUCAAGUCGAUGAUGAAGAGGGAGUGGGCGACGAUUUAUCUGCUGCGGCCACCGUACAAGAGGGUGGGGAAGAGGAUGAGGAGAUCGACGACAGCGGAGGCGGUGAGGACGCGUCGGGCUCAGGCUCCGACGAUGGUGACGAAGAAGAGCACAGCAAUGGGAGCGAUGAAGACGAGUAUCCUGACAGUGGCGACGGCGAUGAUGCGUCGCCGGCGGCGCGCAAACGUCGCCUUGAAUGA